AUGGCGGACGGCAAACCCCAGCACCGGUCGCCUCAGCCGGCCUCGACCAACAACUACGACGCCAACUCACUCACAUAUCAGUUCGAACAGCUGAUGCGCACCAAGCGCUUUAACCAGCUCCAAGAGAAUGCUCGAUCACGAUCCGCCUCGCAGUCGCCCGCUCCUUCCGCCAACAACUAUCCCAUCCCGCCACCCUCACGAGCUCCUCCACCACCGCCUCCUUCCACGGGCGCAGCCGUGCCCGCAGCCACACAGCCAUCGUCUCCAUCUCCAUCAGCUGCGAUGCGCACUCUUCCGAUCAUUCCAUCCCCGCCUCAGGAUCCCGCCUCUUUGAAAUUCUUCAACCUGCUGAAGGGCCUUUCGGUAACCCCUACGAAAUACGAGAACCCCGGUCUCCUCGACGAGGCCCUGUGUGUCAUCCCUCUCGAUCGCCUUUACUCCGAAGCCGAGGAUGAGUUCCAAAUCAUUCAGGCCCAAGCAGCCAGCGUGGGCGGAAAACCCGAAUGGGGAUACCAAGAUUGUAUGGUUCAAGCGAUCUUUCUUCAAAUUCGUCAACAACCCCCCAUGCACGCAAUGCUGCAUGCCCACCAUCGCCCAAGGCAUGACUCCCCCUUCCCCGACGAGACCGCCCGUGGCGCCACCCGCGUUGAACUCUAUCGUUGUUCCGAACCCCGAUGCGGCGCCUACGAGCGAUUCCCCCGUUACUCCGACGUCUGGCAACUCCUUCAGACCCGCCGUGGCCGAGCAGGCGAGUGGGCCAACUGCUUCAGCAUGUUCUGCCGCGCGGUCGGUGCUCGUGUUCGUUGGGUCUGGAAUGCAGAGGACCAUGUCUGGACAGAGGUGUACUCUGAACACCAACGACGAUGGGUGCAUGUGGAUGCUUGCGAGGAGGCAUUCGAUAACCCCCGUCUCUACGCCGAAGGAUGGCGCCGAAAGAUCUCCUACUGUGUCGCCUUCGGGAUUGAUGGUGCCACCGACGUGACCCGCCGCUACGUUCGCAACUUCAACAAGCACGGCGAACCUCGUCAACGUGCAUCAGAGGAGGUCGUUCUGUGGUCCAUCCACGAAAUUCGACGUAAACGCCGCGAAAACAUGUCCAAGACCGACCAGGCUCGCCUCGUCAAGGAGGACGAGCGCGAAGAAAGAGAGCUGCGAGGCUACACUGCCUCCGCCCUCGCGGCCGAGAUCAACAACAUCCUCCCACGGAGCCUUGUUGGUCGCCCCGAUGCCCAGAAGCACGCCGAUGCUAUCCAGGAGGCACAGAGUGAGUGGCUCAGUGCUCGAGGACACGGUCACUCUGGACCUGACCGGUCGCGCGAUGGACGGUAA